ACAUUUUAAUACUUAAGAUCAUGACCGUACAUCCAAUUUGACUGUCAGUCUUGUAAAAUUGCUAAUCGCAUUCGCCUGUAUUACUUGGCAUUUGGAAAAUGUUGAUCCGAGUAUUGGCAAUAUAAAAUAUCAUAACAAGAAGGGUCGUUUACACAUACAGCCUGUUUGUAUUACAGGGGGUUUAUAAUUCUUUGAACCAAUCGUUGUCAAAUAUCACAGCGCGUUUACCUUGUGUCAAUAGAACACGAAAACUUCCCAGAUGAAAGGCCACACUUACAUCUAAACCAAGCGCAAAAGAAAAAAAAUGAAAAUGGCGACUUUUAUCAGCGGUAUGAGAAGUGAAACAACAGAACCAAAUCAUGUGAAUAAUGGCCGAUUCAACCCAUACAUUAUGGAGCGAGAGUGAAGAGAACGACUCGACAAAACCUCCUGUUCAGAAAAACUCCAAAGUCGACGAAUUUUUAUCUCGAAUUAACGACACUUACUGUCAGUCAAAAGCAGAUCAGAUUCUUAGACUGUUAAAAGAUCAAGAGGAUCUGAAUUUGAGAUUUCACGACUGUGAUCUAAACAGUGAGGACUCGGACGAUAGUUUAAGUGACAGCUCUGUUAAGGAAACAGAACAGAGACUGGUGGCUCGAUUUGCCCUCCAUAAACAAAGAGGUGCAAGAUCGAAAACUUCUAUGGGAUUUUAUAACGACACUGAACAAAUAGGAAACUCUAAUUAUAGUUCUGACGAAGAAGAUAUUGCAAUGGAGGAAAGACCAAACACAAGAAUAAACCGUCCAAAAUCUAGCUAUGUUCGUCGUAGAACAAAUGUUAGUGAAGAUUCGACAGAUGAAAAUAAAGAAGACGAUUUUGUCGACACUAGUGCCCAAAGACGCUGUCGAUCAACUCGACCACAUUCGAGACUCGGAAAUAGGGGGUAUGUUCAUCGAAGUAGCAUACUUCAAGAAACUGCUUGCAACAUUCAGGCCCCACCAACAUCUCCUCGCGGAGAUCUUAUUGAUGAAACUAACUAUGACAAAUAUGCUCACACUAGAUCAUCAGGAAACUUUGGGAAUGGCAAUCCAAGACCUAAAUCUCGAAUUAAGGGAUUCUGUGAUACCACUCAAGCUAACGAAGUGAUACCUCAAACACUAGAGAGACAAAAAACUAUACACGAUAUCUCAACUGCACAAACCUACUCAAGUGACGAGGCGAGAGACGAAUUCACGACAACGUCAACUCGUCUCCGCCAUCGUCGUCAGCAGUUUCGUCACUCAAAGGCAAAGAGGCCUGCUUCUGAAAAUGUGUUUCUAGUCCGCCAAAGAACAGAAGCGCGAAUGCUACAAACUCAUAACAACAACGUGAGGCCCACGUCUGAAAAACCUCUAAUACAACAGGCUAAGACCUCAAAAAAAGUUAUCUCUAUAGACACAAAUCCUUUACAGGCCGCACAAAAUGCUGGCUUUCAACCUGCCCCUUCGUCUCUUCAAGCAUCUCAAUCAAAUCCUUACCCCUAUGGUGUAUCUCAGCAGAGACCAGCAUCGAGAAGAAGUCACGGGCGACAGGAUAUUCCACUUAACGCAAUGGGUAAUGGAGUGCGCAAUACCGGAAGAUCAAUUGGAGUGAUGAAGUUGCCUCCCCUCGAUCCAGCUGUUGCUAAACGUGCUGAACGGAUUGUUUUAGCUGCCAGGGAAACAUGUGCUUAGUGCAUUUCGUUUUUCAUAUCACGUGGAUAUGCAUUUUAACUUUGACAACUGAAUUUUUAAAUUAUUAUAUAAUUGUAGUUAUUGAGUAUAUUUUGAUUACUCUGCUGCAAUCGCUUUUAUUUUUCGCCCUGUCGGAAUUUUAAUUCCUCCUAAGCUUUGUUAUCAUAACCAACGGUAUUUAACGCCGUUUGUUUUAUGCCCAAAGUAUAUGGUGAUUAAAUUAACCAAUAUUUUA